AUGGAUAAAGAAGAUGUGGAGGCCGCGAGCCCGGCCGGGGGCCGCCGCGGUCCCCAGGGCCCCGGCUCUGGUGCCCCGGGCUACCGCUGUCCCGAGCCGCAGUGCGCGCUCUCCUUCGCCAAGAAGCACCAGCUCAAGGUGCACCUGCUGACGCACGGUAGCAGCCAGGGCCGGCGGCCCUUCAAGUGCCCCCUGGACGGCUGCGGCUGGGCCUUCACUACCUCCUACAAGCUCAAGCGGCACCUGCAGUCGCACGACAAGCUGCGGCCCUUCGGCUGCCCGGUGGGCGGCUGCGGGAAGAAGUUUACCACCGUGUACAACCUCAAGGCGCACAUGAAGGGCCACGAGCAGGAGAACUUGUUCAAGUGCGAGGUGUGCUCCGAACGCUUUCCCACGCACGCCAAACUCAGCUCCCACCAGCGCACCCACUUCGAGCCCGAGCGGCCCUACAAGUGUGACUUUCCCGGCUGCGAGAAGACAUUCAUCACAGUGAGUGCUCUGUUUUCCCAUAACCGAGCUCACUUCAGGGAACAAGAACUCUUUUCUUGCUCCUUUCCUGGGUGUAGCAAACAAUAUGACAAAGCCUGUCGCCUGAAAAUUCACCUGAGAAGUCAUACAGGUGAAAGACCUUUUAUUUGUGACUCUGACAGUUGUGGCUGGACCUUCACCAGCAUGUCUAAACUCCUACGACACAAAAGGAAACAUGAUGACGACCGGAGGUUUACCUGCCCUGUUGAAGGCUGUGGGAAGUCAUUCACGAGAGCAGAGCACCUGAAAGGCCAUAGCAUCACCCACCUGGGCACAAAGCCAUUCGAGUGUCCCGUGGAAGGGUGCUGUGCCAGGUUCUCUGCCCGUAGCAGCCUCUACAUUCACUCCAAGAAACACCUGCAGGACGUGGGUGCUCCGAAAAGCCGUUGCCCGGUGUCCAGCUGUAACAGACUCUUCACCUCCAAGCACAGCAUGAAGGCGCAUGUGGUCCGACAGCAUAGCCGGCGCCCAGGUCUGCUCGGUUUACUUCUCUCUUAGGACACUGCAAAGAUGUGUACGCUUGACAUGUGUCAGAGAAGCCGGAGCAUGUCCUUCCUUCCUCUGCCCUCUUCAGAAGUUGUCUGGUUAUAGGUUAAAUUAAUUGAGCACAGUGAAGUCUUACUGGCCCAUGGACCAUGGCUGCCAAGCCUAGUGGCAUCUUUUGGACUCUUCUGCCACUUGCCUCUGACCCUUAAUUCCUCCCUUGUCUCUGAAGUGCUUCCCUUGAGGAGCAUUCAGUUAUUUGUUUGUUUACUUAUUUAUUUUUAGUGUUUUACUUGGCUUUUCCUAGCAUAUGUCUCCCAAGUCUGUCUCCCUCUAUGACCUUUGUCCUGAAUUCUGAGCCUGCCCCUCCCUUGUUUCUGUCUUCACUCCUCUCUCUGUCCGGUUGUGCAGAGCAGUGUUUCACCUUGUGAGCGGGGGCGGGGCUUGAG